AUAGUUCCCUCGUCUGUUUCUUCACUGUCAACAUGUGUUUCUAAACCUGUGAUCUUGGCUGCCCUCAUUCUUUUUUUAAGUGAGGAAGGCCGGAGAGGAAGUAAGGUUUUAAAAUGUGGUUAACUUCUCACUUUUGUCAUUCGAGUAGUUGUUGGUACUGUGUGAUUAUGGAGAUGUGGACCAUUUUCUUCUGUGUGCUUUUUCUUUCAGGUGAGCUCUUUAUUCAUUUGUUUAUUCAUUCUAAUGGAAAAUAUGGUGUUUCGGGUGAUUGCUCUACACACCUUAACAUUACUGCACCAUCGACUGUAACGACCCUGGCAGGAUCCUGUGUGAAGAUUCCCUGCACCUAUAAACCUAAUCCCUCAAGCUUCGAGCUGGGCAAUCAAAAUGUUUUUGCCGUGUGGAUUAAAGGAUUGGUCCAAUUUGAACAGAAACCGCAGAACAUAAUCUUCAACAGCAGUGGUACAAGUGGCUACGAUGGAACUAUAGAAGGAAACCUGACAGACCUAAACUGCACCACUGUCUUUAAAAACUUUCAGACCAACCAAACGGAUAAGUACUUCUUUAGGAUUGAGAGGGAUCCAUUCAAAGCCACCGCUAAUUGUAAUCCUGUUAAUAUCAAAGUCAUCGAUUCUCCUCCAAGUCCCACCUUCAGCAUAUCACCAUCUGACUCUCAGUUAAGGGAGGCGCAGUCUGUGACUCUCACUUGCUCAGCCCCCACCUACUGUCUUGAGUCCCCACCUAGACUCACCUGGACUCUCCAGGGACAGUACACCUCCCAUCAGGUGCAGAAACACGAGACCUCAAUCCACACGACCUUUGACUUGACCGACAAACACGAUGGACUCCGUGUCACCUGCUCGGCUGGGUAUUCAGUGAAUGAUGGCAGUGAGAAGUUGGCAGAGAGCAAUGUGACUCUCAAUGUUUCCUAUGCCCCUAAGGAAACAUCAGUGUCUGUGAGUCCAUCAGAUGGGCUGUCACCAGGCAACCAGGUAAACCUAACCUGCUCUAGCAGAGCCAAACCCACUGUUAGCCAAUUUGUCUGGUUAAAGAGAAGUCCGGAUGGAACCCAGACCGAGAUAAAGGGACCAGUUCUUUACAACAUAAUUUUGGCUGAAGGAGAGGUUUAUGUCUGCAUUGCUGUCCACGAUUUUGGAAACCAAACAUCUGCAGAGAUCCGUGUCACAGGAGGACCUCUAGAAUGGACUGUAAUUGUUGGAGCAGUCUUUGGGUUUGUGGCUCUUGUUGGCCUCAUUGCCUUCAUCUCUUUUUGGUGUUUGAAGACAAAAGCACAGAAUCAGAAUGAAGCACGUGCAGAGUUGACUGCACAAAAAGAUGAAGAAAACAUCCAUUAUGGAGAAAUCAACUUUUCCAUAUUCAAAUCUAACACGUCCUCCCCUUCAUCACACACACUGCAGGAUAGUGAACAGCAGGAGGACACAGUGUAUGCGCAGGUCAAUAAGACCAAAACGCCUGACAGUUGAAGAAAAAGAAGCAGUGAUAUCCUUUGUGUGUGGUAAAAAAUUGUUACGAUUUAAGAAAUACUGUAGCCGUUAACUUCAUUUUCAAUCCAAUGUGGAACAGAUUCCUACCAAACCAUACACAUAAAGUGACAUUAUUGUUUGUUGUGUGCUUAA